CUCCGUCGUUAGCAACACUGGGAGAAUUCAGUGUCAUUCUUACUCCUUAUCAAAAAUAGGCGAAACCAGGAGUUGUGCGGUCAAAAGUUUGGACAAUUGCUGCUGUGGGGCUUUCUGCAGCCGGUUCGGGAGCCCCAAGCGGCAGCUGCUUGAGGUGUCGCCGAACCCCAGCCACUAACCACGCUCCGGGAGAGCUGGUGCGGACAAAGCCUUUCGGUCAAGAUGAAACGCUCCAACUUCUGGACAUUUACUUUGUUUCUUCAUUUGGCCCGCGGAUCUGAUGUUCCCCAUUCGCGUCCCUUAACUGAUGUGCCGCCAGAGAAUGUGUCAACGCCAGCUGGAGAACUGCAAACUAAUGCCAAAAGCAGCAGUGAUGCUCUGUUUGUAGCAAAUGUUCGCGAACAGAUUAGAUUCAAGCCUGGAGCAGCAAACAUUGUAAUAUCUCAAGGCAACUCUGUAAGUUUCAACUGUUCCAUUGAUGUACCCAAUGUGCAUCAGGAUCUGCGUAUUCAGUGGCUGAAGAAUGGGAAAGAACUACUAGAUGGCCACCGUUGUUUCUACAAAGGGAUUGCUUUUGGUGUCAGUGAAAGCAGGUCCAGGAUUCUCAGCAGCUGCAGCAUCUCCAGCGUACAGCAUUCUGACGCAGGUGCCUACAACUGCAGGAUACUAAUCUCUAAUGUACCCAUUGAAUCAGACAUUAUCAAUCUUCAGAUUGAAGGAUUGCCAAGUUUUAUUCGAGAACCUGAAUCAAAGAACGUCACAAGAAAUGCCCCCUUUAAUCUCACUUGUGAGGCAGUGGGCCCACCAUAUCCUGUGCAUAUUUACUGGUUACAAAAUGGCGAUAAGAUAGAAAUGGUUGCAGACAGUUCUCCUUCUGUCCUAACCGUACCAGGAAUUAGUCAACGGACAAGAUAUAGCUGUGAAGCUCACAAUCAAAAAGGAGUAGCAGUUUCAAAGGAAACCCAGGUUAACAUCAAGGAGGUCCCACAUGCACCAAUUGGCCUACGGAUUAAGAAUCAAACUGCUCACAUUGUUGUAGUGUCAUGGGAGCCUGGCUUUGAUGGAUACUCCCCUCUCAACAUUUGCCAAAUGCAGGUGGAGGAAGUUGCAUUUGAUGAAAACAUGACAAAUCCAGUGCUUACCUAUCAAACUAAAGUUCCACCAUACGAGUAUAGCAUCCUUCAGCUGCAAGCCAUGACUUCCUACAGUAUCUGUGUUUCUUGUAAGAAUGAAGUUGGAUGGUCCAAACACUGCUCUGGGAUCCAGGCCAAAACAACAGAAGGAGUCCCAACGGCCCCCCCUUAUAAUGUCAGCGUACUAGUGAGUGAUUCCACGUUGUCGGUUGAAUGGGUUGGCCCUCCGGAAGAGGAAAUUAAUGGCAUCCUGUUGGGUUACAAGUUGCACUAUGAUUGGGAAGGUGGUAAUUCCCCUGUUGUGAAAUCACUUGAACUGUGUUGCAAUCAGACGGUUAACCAAGGCAUUAUUGAUGUUGUGGCAAUAAACGUUACAUAUAAGGUGCAAGUGGCAGCAUAUACCAGCACUGGAACUGGGCCUUACAGUGAUCCAGCACAUGUGUUUGUUGGAAGCAGUGGUGCAGUAGUACUUUCACCGUUCUCAACUACUGCAGCUGCUGAUGACAGUAAUGCUGAACGUUCCUUAAUGGCACUAAUUGGAAUAGUUUGUGUCAGCGGCAUAAUUAUUUUAGCAGCAUUCAUCUAUACAGCUAUGAAAAGGCGGAUGAUGGAGACCAAGUUUGGGAAUGCAUUCGCUGAUGUAGGGGUCUCUGAACCAACUGUCCAGUACAGAGUGAAGAAAACCUACUUACGUAGAGCAGUUGAGGUUACACUAGAUAAUUUAGGAAUCAGUGAGGAGCUGAAAGAGAAGCUGCAGGAUGUAAUGACUGACAGGAAUCUAUUGACACUGGGUAAAGUUUUGGGAGAAGGGGAAUUUGGUUCUGUAAUGGAGGGACACCUUAAACAGGCUGAUGGCACCAGUCAAAAAGUAGCUGUUAAAACCAUGAAAUUGGAUAACUUCUCACAAAGGGAGAUUGAAGAGUUCCUUAGUGAAGCAGCGUGCAUGAAAGAUUUUGAUCAUCCAAAUGUCAUUAAAUUGUUAGGUGUCUGCUUGGAACUGAGCUCCGGGGAACUGAUUGCAAAACCUAUGGUCAUUCUGCCCUUCAUGAAAUAUGGUGACUUGCACAGCUUCCUACUAUGCUCAAGGCAUGAAGAAAAUGCUGAAUAUUUUCCACAGCAGACAUUACUGAAAUUCAUGAUCGACAUUGCUAAUGGAAUGGAAUACCUCAGUAACAGGAAUUUUCUACACCGGGAUCUAGCAGCCAGAAACUGCAUGUUACGUACUGAUAAGACAGUAUGUGUGGCAGACUUUGGCUUAUCCAAGAAGAUUUACAGUGGGGACUAUUACAGACAGGGUCGGAUUGCUAAGAUGCCAGUCAAAUGGAUUGCUCUCGAGAGUCUUGCUGAUCGAGUUUUCACGGUUAAAAGUGAUGUGUGGGCUUUUGGAGUUACAAUGUGGGAGAUAGUUACCCGAGGGAUGACCCCUUACCCAGGAGUACAGAAUCAUGAAAUUUAUGACUAUCUGCAAGCAGGUCACAGGUUGAAACAGCCUUCAGACUGCUUGGAUGAGCUGUAUGAAAUUAUGUACUCCUGUUGGCGAAAUGAUCCUGUAGAUAGGCCUACGUUUACCAAUUUAAAAGUGUUUCUCAGCAAAUUUUUAGAGAGUUUGCCUGAAGUUCGAAGCAAAGAAGACAUUAUUUACGUCAAUACAGGUAUGCCUAAAGAGCAGAGGCAUCUGACUGAAGACCCUGAGCUCUCCAUUGUGGACUUCUGCUAUUCCAAUGAAGCAGCAUCCUGUAGUCCAGGGCCUGCAGAAACUGCUGUCACUGUGGAAAUUCAUGGAACCAUGGAUAUGAAAGACAGAUAUGUCAUAUCUGGGGUGUCUGAAGAGCAAUUGGACACGUUAGAUGUAAAAACACCUUUGUUGCAUAGAGUUGGUCAAAAUAAUGGAGCGUCACUGCCGACAACUGGACCCCAGUCCGGGGAUAUUCCAUAUGUUGAUGAUUCAUCUGACGACUCUGUUAUAAUGCUAUGAAGGAGAAAGGACUGAUGGUGAACUUUGCGACAAGUCUGCUUGUUGCUGGACAGACCUAAACUUCUGCCUCCAGAAGUGCUGCCAGACACAAGUGUAUUUUCCUACUUUUUUUUAAAAAAGGAAUCAACGAAUGUUGCUACUGUGAUGAAUUCCACAAGUGCGCUUUAAAUCAGUCGUUAGCUCAUCUGAGAGCAGUCUUUUCACCAGUCCAUUGUUUGGGUCUUGGUGUUGAAUCAGGGAUCAUUUUGAACAUUUGUAUAUUUGUACACAUUUCCUUUCUGGUUCUGAGGAUUAUCAGGGCAUUGAAACGAUUUAUGCAGUGCUUGAACUGUCUAACAGAUUUUAUUUUAUACAGUAUUUCCAAUAGGAAGUCUUGCAGUGUAUGAAUUACUUUUCCACAUUCAUAACUAACAGCGUUUUCACAUGGGUUGAUUAUGACCAGCAUUGAAUAAGGCAAUGACCAUUUCUCAUGGCCGUAGUGUAGGGAAAGAUGAGAAGGACCAUCCAGCCCACCCUGGUUCAUCCGCUCACUGCAAAAGCAGAGUUCCAGUCUCCCCAUCCAUCACCCAAACCAUAGCAUCCAAUUGCCUCAUAAGUGAAUCCAAGGUUUUUGUCUCACUUGCUCCAUGUGGAAGUCCACACCAAGUGUUUGCUUAUUAUUUGAGUGAGGAAGAAAAUACUAAUGCAAAUCCUAAGGUUGCCUUUCCCCAGUUUAAAUCUGUGUCUCUCAAGUUUGCAGUCAUAGUUUAAUUUUAAGUAUUAUAUGAAAUUCUUGUAAUUAAGUUCUAUUAGUUGAUGAUUUUUACUUGCCAUAAAUGUUCAAAUUUUUUGAGCAGGA